ACGUGGACCCCAUAUUAAAAGUUUGUAUUUGAAUAACUUUGGAGGAAGUGGCAAUUACGUCGGGAUUGCUGACGAUGGAUAUAGAUAUUAUGAAUAUGAUGGUACAGCGUUGUUCGUUUACAUUGGCGAUUAUUAUGUUUAUAUAGGAGUCGGUUCAGGUUAUGAUAAAAACGGAUUUAUCGUGACACAAGAAUAUGGAAUGGUUUACAUUCGAUAUCCACAUCAAGUUCCCUCUCGUGCUAACAAAGGCAGGUGUUCAUGUGUUUUAAAUACCAGACCAGUUCCUGAAGUUACAACCACAUUCGGUGCUACUACUCUUGCAUCUAUUCAAGUUACAACUACAAGUGAUUCAGUCGAAACAUCAUUGGAGGCGUUUGGUUCAUUUGUGGCAACACCUUUCCCAAAAACAACCUCGUCAAUAGAAGGUGUCCCAACAGCAGAGGCUACAGGGAUAGAAGAAGCCCCGGUAACAGAAGUGACCCCGAUAGUAGAACAAUCUCUGCCACUGGAAGAAGUGUCAGAAGUAGAAGAACCUGUUGUAGUAGAAAGAGUUUAGGUAAAUUUGACCGACCCCAUAAAAUCUUAGAAGUUGACAUCAUAGAUAGAAAUUCUUAUAACAUUAGGUUUUAAAUUAUAUUAAAGAAUAUCCAUAUAAAACUAUCUAUAAAUCACUGUAUAAUAUAUCCACUACCUUGCU